GCUGGUCUUCUGUAAAAAUGUGGAUUAAACGCUGCGACCCUGUUUCUUACAAUGCAAAAAAAAAUAAAAAAAUCAAGGGAUUGAGAAGAUAUUUUCCAUUUCCCACGGGCACCUCUCUCCUUGCUCCCGAGACUUUGAGGGUUCUGUGGUUGCAGGGUAUGCAGCCUCUUCGAUGAUCUUUUUCGCGUAGCUUUGAUGCUGCACACAAUGUUUCCGAGGGACCCUACGGAGUGUAAUUGUUGUUGGUCUGUUUCUGCAUUUUGUGAUUUCUGCAGGACAUUAGCAAAGCAUAUCUUGAAUGCUGGUUAAGGUUUGUUUCAAUGACACAUAAAAGACAACGAAAUGGCUGCAAAGGAUGUUGCAUUGAGUUUAAAACUCAAAAGACAAUAAUAGUAACAAUUAAAGUAAAAAAGAUAAUGACCUUAAGUUGAAACAAGUGCAAAACAUACAUGUUGACUGAAUAUGGUUGGUUUCAAUAACAUGAAGCAAGACAAUGAUGAAUUGGCUGUAGAGGAUGUUGCGGUGAGUCCAGAACUUCAAUUGAAAGAUUAUGAUCCUCAAUUGAAGCAUGAUGGUUCCAGUAUGGUAAAAUCACCAAACGCACAUGCAGCUGGUGGGGGUAAUGUGCAUCAGAAUUCAACUUUUAUUUAUGCAGAUUCUGUAGGGAGUAAGGGUCUAAGCAGUUGCGUGACUUCUUUAGAUGAAUCCAAGCCUACUUGCCCCAGUUCUUGUUCUAUGAUUGAUGUUGGGCUUGUGAUGAAAGAGCUAGCAACAAAAAAUUAUACAAGCCCAAGCUUAGCUACUAUUAGCAGGUUAACUAGUAGAGAAGGAAUGCAUUUUAGGCAAAACCAAUGGAAUCAUCUAUAUCAUCUGGAAAGUGGGUCUAGAGGUAAGAAUUUGGUUGGAAACUGUAGGUUAGAAAAGGAUAAGAUGAGUAUCAAGGAGGAUUUGAAGACAUUGCCCUGUGAUUCACAGGAUAUGAAACCUUUGUUGAGCAAGCAAAUUGAUGAAGGUCCAAAAGAGAUCUCUGUUCAAUUAAAUAACAGUGGCAACAACAUCAUCUCAAGCAAAACAGCACCUUUUAAUGGUACACAAUCAAAGAUAUUAUCUAUUUCUGGAUUUUCUCCGUUUUUUGCUAAGAGAACCAAAGGUAAGGGGAUAGAGUGUCAAAGCCCAGAAGCUUGCAGUGGAUUUGGUAAUGAAAUUGUGGCCCAAAAUAGCAAAACUUUGGCCCAUAGGGUGGCUUUUGGAGCCUUAUUGGACUCAAGUACCAGCCAUGACCAAUCUUCUCCUCACAGUUUUGAUAAAGUUGAUCCAAAUUUUUUUUAUGAUGGUAUCAAUUUGAGAAAUUGGUUGAAGCCUGGGUGUCGUAACAUUGAUAAAGCCAAGAGCUUGUAUUUGUUUAAACAAAUUGUGGAAUUGGUGGACUUUGCACACUCUCAUGAACUGGCCUUACAAGACCUAUGCCCAUCUUGUUUCAUUUUAUUGCCAGAAAAUAGAAUUGAAUAUAUUGGUUCAUUAGUGCGAAGAGAAUCAGAAAUAUAUUGGAAUAUGGCUAAGAAAAGGCCAUUGGCGAAAGAUAUGGAUUCCUGUGGUUGUAUGGGCGUGAAGCAACAAAAAUUCAGUGGGAACAUGAAUUCUCUUAGGCACCAAUCUGAGCAUGCAUCUGAACAUCACCUUAGAAGUGAAACUAGCCACGAUAUUGGUAUCAACUUCUCCAAUCCUCAGGAUAUUGGAUCAGUUGGACACUAUGUCAGUAAUAAUUUGCACUAUAAUACACACAUCCCAAUACAUCAACCAUCAGCUUUUGUAAAUGAUCAGGUGGAAAUGAAGUGGUAUACUAGUCCAGAGAUGCUGAAUAAGAAGGGCUGCAUGUUUUCAUCAAACAUCUAUGGUCUUGGCAUUCUUCUAUUUGAGUUGCUCUGCUGUUUUGAAUCAUGGGAGGAGCAUUCAGCAGUGAUGUUGGAAUUGAAUCGUCGGAUUCUUCCACCAAAUUUUCUUUCUGGAUAUCCAAUGGAAGCUGGCUUUUGUCUUUGGCUUCUUCAUCCUGAACCUUCCUGCCGUCCAACAACAAGGGAAAUCCUACAGUCUGAGUUACUUUAUGGAUCCCAGGAGAUGCAUCUAGGAGACAACCUGUCCUUUCCUGCUGAAGAUGAUGAUGCUGAAUCAGAGCGGUUGCUUGAUUUCUUGAUUUCAUUGAAAGAAAACAGGGAGAAGUGUGCCUCCAGGUUAGUAGGAAAUAUAAGGUGUUUAGAAGAGGAUAUUAAGGAGGUUGAGAGAAGGCACUUGCUGAGGUCAUUCUCAGUUUGUUGUUGGACACACAAAGACUUCCCUGUUGCUAGAGAGCGAGAUCCUCAUCUGGAAGGUCAUAAAGGUUUAAAUGUGCUUUCUAGGUCAUUGUCGUCAUCAAAUAUGAAAGAGGCGUGGUUGAUGAAAAAUAUCAGUCAGAUUGAAAAUGCAUAUUUUGCCAUGAGAUCCCAACUCCAGAUCACAGAAUCUGCUGCCAUAACACGCUCAGAUAAGAACUUGUUGAAGAGUAGGGAGACAUGGCUUCAGGUGCAAAACGAGAGUGAGGAGCUGAGUGUGAAUCAGAUACCCACUGAUCACCUAGGGGGCUUUUUUGAAGGUUUAUGCAUGUUUGCUCGUUAUAGUAAAUUGGAGGUGUGUGGAACAUUAAGAAAUGGAGAUCUUCUCAGCUCUACAAAUGUGAUCUGUUCCUUGAGUUUGAGCCGCGAUGAGGACUACAUUGCUGCUGCUAGUGUGUCUAAGAAAAUCAAAAUAUUUGAGUUCAGAGCACUUUUAAAUGACUCUGUUGACAUUCAUUAUCCGGUGAUUGAGAUGUCAAACAAAUCUAAGCUUAGCUGUGUUUGCUGGAAUAACUACAUUAAGAACUAUUUGGUUUCAACUGAUUAUGAUGGUGUGGUUCAGAUUUGGGAUGCAGGAACUGGUCAAGGAUAUUCUCAACACAAGGAGCAUGAAAAGAGGGCUUGGUCUGUUGACUUCUCACAAAUCGACCCAACAAAGUUUGCCAGUGGAAGUGAUGAUUGUUCAGUGAAACUGUGGAGCAUUAAUGAGAAAAAUUCUAUUGGAACUAUCUGGAGCCCCGCCAAUGUUUGCUGUGUUCAAUUUUCUGCUUACUCCUCCCAUCUGUUGGUUUUUGGAUCUGCGGAUUACAAGAUUUACGGCUAUGAUCUUCGGCAUACUAGAAUCCCUUGGUGCACAUUAUCUGGCCAUGGAAAAGCUGUUAGCUAUACAAAAUUUUUAGAUCCAGAAACCCUUGUUUCUGCGUCCACAGACAAUUCUCUAAAGCUUUGGGAUCUCAACAAAACCAACUCAGCUGGGAUGUCCUCCAAUGCUUGCAGCUUAACUUUUCGUGGUCAUACUAAUGAAAAGAAUUUUGUUGGAUUAUCUGUUUUGGAUGGAUACAUUGCAUGUGGUUCAGAAACUAAUGAGGUUUUUACUUAUCAUAGAUCUUUGCCAAUGCCAAUCACUUCUUUCAAAUUUGGAUCCAUUGAUCCAACUCCUAGACGCAAUAUUAAUGAUUAUAAUGGACAGUUUGUUUCAAGCGUCUGUUGGAGAGGGAAGUCAAACAUGGUUCUUGCAGCAAACUCAACUGGAAACAUUAAACUGCUGCAGUUGGUGUAGGGAGGAGGGAAUUCAUUCUCAGUAUUCUCAGCCUUGUACUUAAAGUCUGUAUUCUGAGGAUUUUUUAGCUGCUUCUAGUCCCAAUGUCUCAAUUCAAAAGGGCAGACAAUGAUCAGGGGCCAGAAAAUUUGCCAUCUUGAGCACAAAUUAAUGGAGCUCAGCUGUUACAGAGCUCUCAUCUGCAUGUCACAAGCAAAGCAAUAUUCUGUUUGUUAAAUGGAUUGGAGAUUUGCCAAAAGCAAAGCAAUAUAUUGCCCUGCUAUUAUAGCAGUCUAUAGCUUAUCCUGCAAAAGGCAUGGGCUAAAGUGCUUCAUGUUGCAACGCUUCAAUCAUGAAAGAUCAGAAAUGAAUUCAACAAGACAUUCACAUCUCUGGUGCUAAACAAGGGUUUACUUUUAGAAAGAUGGAGGCUUAGCGACCAAUAUUCUUACUCUGACUAGGGGAAGCCUCUGAGGCAUGGCUAGAACUCUUAGACAAGUUGAUCACAAUGGUGGGCUGGGACAAGAUGGAAGAGCUGGUAGUUAGUCUUUCCAGAACCACACAUCCCAUUGUGAGCAAUUACUCUCUCCAGCAAACAGAUAACGGAACAAACAUGGGAAUGCUGGAACUUCAGACACACAAGGCUUUUUACAGCUGCUCCGUAGUUUUCACUCAUAAUUGUACAUAAUUCUCCGAGUAGGCAGUUUUCAAAUUUUCUAGCAUUUCUUUAAGGACCAUCUUCAAUUUCUCAACCAGGUUUUUUGGGGGCAAUUCCUCAUGGAUAAAGUGUUCUUAAUCUUCACUCAUUUCAAUAUAAUUCCAGAUUGAAAAUGUAUCCAUUAGUCUUAUUAAAUGAACAGUACCCAGAUUGCUUUGAUUUCUCAAAAAUUGUAAUGGAUGCGACUUUGCUAAAUUUUAACAUCGCAUGUCAAUUAUACUGUUCUUCUAA